AUGGAGGCGGUGAUAGCGGCGGCGGAAGAGAGCGUGCGUGCCAAUGGGGCUACGAAGACGGUGGUCGUGGCCGAGGACGGGCGAUAUCACCAGGGCGACAACAAUUACGGCGGCGGCAACAACCAUGGCGGCCUGCAGGCCUCCCCUCUUCGAGCGCUACCACGCAGAGGCAACACAGCUCGGGAAGAAGUUCCAGGCGAUGGACAUCAGUCGUGCCGCUGUAGAUCCAAUCGACCGGCGAUGGAGCAGUUAUUGGCGUUCCUCCGCGCGGCACCAGAUUUUGAAUUCAAUGUGGUAGAGAACACCCACAAAAUCAUCACAAGGAUUCAUGAACCUACUUUCGAAUGGAAGAAAUGUGAUGUUCAAUUGCCAUUAACCCGAUCGAUCUCUUGCAUGGUAAAUCUCCAAUGGUUUGAAUCUGGUUCCUCUGCGGACUAUUAUGAUGUUUACAGAGUCGGAUUUUGUGCAGGGGAAGGGGAGACCGAGGAGGAAAUGGCGACCAAGAGGUGCGCAGGCACCCUGGGUGACAAGGGCCUCAGGGGGGAGAAGGUGUUCCUUAGUGCCGAUCUGAACGUUCUGCUGGACGACGGCCUGAACAUCACUGGUGACAACCGCAUCCGCGCCUCCAUGCCGUCCAUCAAGUUCCUCAUGGGGAAGGGCGCCAAGGUUGUCCUGGCCAACCAUCUGGCCGCCGAGUCCAACUCCUCUGCGGUGCAGAUCACCCGCCCACCGCGCUGCGCAACUCACGAUGCAGGCGGCCCUCCUCCACGGUGA